AUGUUGCCUGGGAAGGCAACGGCCCACUGGUCAGUGCAGCCGCUCAGCCAAAGCGAGACGAUAUGCACCAACAUCACGUUCGGACUGCCGUUCGACGCCGACAAGUACGAGGACGCUUUGCGCAUCGGCGUGAAGGGCCUCAAUUUUAGUAGCAGCCAGCGCACUCGUGUGGUCAUCGCUCGUGCGGUGUAUCAGGCCGUCAACAUUUAUCUGCUGGAAGCCGUUCUGUCUGCAGUGGACAGCCAUGUGGGCACCAACAUCUUCAAGGCGUGCUUCAAGAAGUCGCUGAAGGGCAAGCUGGUGCUGCUAGUGGCGCACUCCUUGAGCUUCGUGAGCCACUGCGACCAGAUCGUUGUGAUUGCUGACGGAAGAAUCACUUAG